AUGUCCGCACGCGCUCUCUGGUACGCAACAGCGACCAAGCGAUCCGCCCAAAACACUCUCUACCUGCAAUGCACCGUCAAGCCAGGCGUGAAUAAGAACCGCGAGGGCAUCACCUCGGUCGACGACGAGGCGGUCGAGAUCUGCGUCGCCGCUCAGGCGCGUGAGGGGGAAGCAAACAAGGCGGUCAUCAAAGUCUUAAGCGACGUCCUCGACCUGCCCAAGUCGGCGUUGCAGAUCACACAAGGCCUCAAAUCUAGGACUAAGACCGUUGCCGCAGUCGGGUCUUGGGUCAACUCUGGCGAAGAGGAGUGUCUCAGGCGGGCGAGGGAGUAUCUAGACAAGGCCGUGAACACGUCUUGA